AUGCUCCGGCCGCCCGGCGAUGGUGGGUCCGGGGGGGGGGGGGCGGGGGGACCCUUCCUGCCCCGCUACCGGCGCCACCGGGCCCGGCCUCCCCGGGCCUGCCCCCUCGGCCUGGCCCGGCCUCCCCCGGGCCUACCGCGACCCCCGGGAACGGGCCGCUGCGCCCGCCCGGAGGCCCCCCCGGACCCCCCCCCGGGCAUCAUCCGGACCCCCCGUUCCCGACCACCCCCCCGGGCCCGCUCCUGCGCCCCGGCCCGGCCUCUCCCCAUCCUGCCCGCAUCCCUGUCCCCGCAUGGAGUGUCCUUUGUCCUCUCCAGGAUGUCCUCCUGCGGGGGGGCCACCAAAAACAAAGUGACCGUUUCCAAGCGCGUCUGGGACUUCUUGACCAAGGAGAGCCCGGCCAAGCUGGCGCGGCUGAAGGAGGAGACCAAGGUCACCAUCAUGGUGGACGGCGAGACCUCCGACAUCUACGUCCUGCAGCUUCGUGCCCCCCCCCCGGCCCCCCGGGGGGGGCUCUGCCCGGCCCGCAAGGCCCUUAAGGCUCUGCUGAAAGAGACCGAGAAGGAGCUGAAGAAGAAGACCCAGCGCCACGACGACCUGCUCGGCCGCGUCGCCACGGUCCUGGAGCCCGGGGGCGGGGCGGGGGGGGGCGGCCCCGCCGGCGGGCGGGGGGGGGCCCGUCGUGGCGGGGAGGAGGAGCCGGAGCGGCAGUGCCCCAUCUGCCUCGGGGAGAUCCAGAAGAUGAAGACGCUGGAGAAGUGCCGGCACUCGUUCUGCGAGGACUGCAUCACGCGGGCGCUGGCCGUGCGCACCGCCUGCCCCAUGUGCGGCCGCUUCUACGGCACGCUGGUGGGCAACCAGCCCCCAACGGGCGCAUGCUUGGUGAACGGCGCGACGCGGGGGGCUGCCGCUGCCCCGGCUACGAGAGGCUUCGGCACCAUCAUCAUCCAGUACGUCUUCCCGCCCGGCGUCCAAGGGGCGGAGCACCCCAACCCGGGGGUGCGCUACCCCCGGCACCCCCGCGACGUGGCGUACCUGCCCGACUGCCCCGAGGGCAACAAGGUGCUGGCGCUGUUCCGCAAGGCGUAUGCGCAGCGCCUCACCUUCACCGUGGGCACCUCGCUGACCACGGGCCGCGCCAACGUCAUCACCUGGAACGACAUCCACCACAAGACCAACUGCGCGGGGGGGCCCCAGCUGUGUUCGGGGUACCCCGACCCCACGUACCUCGCCCGGGUGCAGGAGGAGCUGCGGGCCAAGGGGCAUCACCGAGGACUGAGCGGGGGGCGCCGGGACCCCCGGGACCGGGAAUCCCCACCGGCCCCCCCCACCUGCUGCCAGGGCCCGGGGGGGGCACAGUGCCGCUCCCCCCCCCCACGGACAGGCGGAUGGUGUCACUCUGUACAUAAGCCCCCGCAGCCCCCCCAGGACAGACGGACAGGCUGGGGGGUCCUGUGCCCUCUGCCCCCCAGCAAGCCGGGCGGGGGGGGCAGCGCCGCGGGGGGGCAGAGGGUUAUUUAUUUUUUAUUUUACCCUCCCCCCCCAAUCUCUGUAACUUUGAUCCAAUAAAAAUAUGCAACGCUG